CAAAAAUAUGUAAUUCAUUGGUCGUGUGAGUGCGUAUUCUAUAUUUGUGUGUGUGUUUACUUAAACUUUAUCAACUGAAGCCACAAGGAUAAGAAGCUACAAGCUCGAUAUUCCUCCGUACACAGCGCAUUCAAUUGGCUGAAAGUGGUCAGGUGACGCUGUCAUAUUGUCCUUCCAUGAGCCAAGCCUUGGCUAUAACACUUGCUUUGCGCGUCUUAACCGGAGACUGGAAAUUAAUAUUAUUGAAAUCCUUCUGAAGUUCAUUUGAAAGAGAGUUAGGAAAGCGGGCGGGAGACGUGUGUAUGUGACAGAAGGAAGCAGACCCCAUAGCACAAAGAAAGAAAGUGAGAGAUUAAGAGAGGGGAAAUAAGAUAGGAGGGUGAGUUGAUGAGAGGGCGAUAGGAAAGGUAUGAAUUCGUAUUUCGCGAACCCGUCGCUCUCGUGCCAUUUAUCUGGUGGGCAAGAGGUUUUGCCCAACAUGCCACUGAACACGACCGCAUAUGAUUCAGUCAGACAUUUUUCGUCUUAUGGCACCACAGUGACCCAAAACCGGAUUUAUGCGUCCCCUUUCUAUUCACCUCAAGAUAACGUUGUGUUUGGAUCAAGUCGAGGACCGUACGAGUAUGGAUCUAACGUGUUUCUUCAAGAUAAGGACGUGCUUCCCAGUUGCAGGCAAACUAGUAUGGGACUCAGUGCGCAGAGCCACGUUGCCCAGGAGUACAGCCUGGAACAAGCUCGUGCAGGAACACAGGAUCAGAAAGGAAACAACGUUCAGAUCUACCCGUGGAUGCAGCGCAUGAACUCGCACAGCGGAGUUGGGUACGGGUCAGACAGAAGAAGAGGUCGCCAGAUUUACUCCAGAUACCAAACCUUGGAACUGGAAAAAGAAUUUCACUUCAAUCGGUAUUUAACCAGACGCAGACGCAUCGAGAUCGCCAACGCUCUGUGUCUAACCGAGCGUCAAAUCAAGAUCUGGUUCCAGAAUAGGCGCAUGAAAUGGAAGAAAGAGACCAAUCUAACUUCUACUGUACCGGGGACCGAAUCAACGGGUACUCCUCAAGACACCGAGAAGGAGACCGAGGAGGAAACCGAGGAAGUUAAAAAGAUUAAAGAUUAGGAAGUCCAUUUCUCGUUCUCGAACGCCUGUUAACUGCAACGUAACUACCUAAACGGAGAAUUUGCAAAUAUUAAUGCAUGGACUGUAUACUCUGCUAUUCCUUUUGACUGCCCCCUCCUCCUCCGACCUGAACACCAUACACAAGCUCUACUACCACCACGCCACUAACAUUUACACUCGUUGAAACAAAUGGAGAGAUUAAGAGAGAGGAAGACGCACAUGUUAUCCACCAUAAAGCAAUUCACUUCUCUUUGUACUGAAAAUAGUUCUUUAUUGGCUGCGUGAUGACAAUGCCACAGCUGAAAUGUUUGUGUGGUUCUAGUAUUAGCUAUCAUGUUGCUAUAGGCUAGUAGAAAAUUACAUUAGAUGAAAAUGUAUUCGAAUUUGAUAAGUAGGCUAUGUCUCCCAAACUAUUAAGCCUCUAAACUGUACCUAAGCAUUCCAGAGGUGAAGGAAACUUCUUAUAUGCACAUUCAGUUUUUUUUCUUUGUGGAUGCAUAUUUGUACAAUGAAACAAACCCUGACGGGAUGAACUAUACUACCUAAACCCUUAUUACAUUUUAUUAUCCUUUUUUUUUGUUAAUAUUGCUUUUGCCCCGUCAGUGUUCUGUUGUUCAAAAUGCCGCUGUAUACUGGCACAUUAGCUAUUGAGAGAACUUCAAAAAUACAUUUCAUCAUACUUGUAGUUGUGUGCAUAUAAACUUGUCUUAAAGUGAGAAUCACACCAAUAUGAAAACAAACAUAUACCUUGGUACGCAAUUAUAUUGUUUGUGUAAACUGUGUAUUAUUUAAUAAAAUUCUUGAAAACAAAAACCUUUAUUGUCCUUUAUUUU